ACGUUGUGCACAACAAAACCGCUGUGUUUCACGUGUGUUGCUUGGAGGCUUGAACGCGAAAAUUAGAGACAAGGCGAUACAUUUUGUUCUGUCUUCAUGUUUUCUCGAAGAGUUAUCGCAUCUUUCACGCAAUCAUCCAGCCGAAUGCGCGUGCAGUACUCAGCAGCAGUUUCUGUCCGACUUCAACAUGGGUAGGCCACGCAUCGUACGAACUCCUGAACAGCAAGCAGCUUUCGAAGAACAGCGCCGACAGCAGCAGCGAGAGAGAGCUCGUGUUCGCCGUGCGGAUGCUACAGUCCGGGCACAAGAACAGGCUCGGGUAGCCGAGCGCAAGCAGCAACUGCGCACCGAGGAUCCGGCAGCCUACCAAGCCGCGCUAAAUCGCAAUGCGGAACGCAAGCGGCAAUGGCGGGCGGAUGCUGCUAACCACGCCGCCGAGCAAACUCGAGACAGCGAGCGCCAGCGUCAACGGCGGGCCGAGGAGGCAGCGGCUUUUCAGAUGUACUUUUCUUCCGCCAUGUCUGGCACGAAAACACAGCACAAAGGAAGCGUUCAAACAACUUCUUCAGCGGGCUGUCAUCCAGGAAGUGCAUCCACCUGAGACCGACAAGGUCGUCGAGCUGUUGGCCACGAAGCAGUGCAUCUACUGUGGUUUUGACCCCACGGCCGACUCUCUUCAUGUCGGCAACCUCUUGGCCAUCGUGCUGAUGCUGCACAUGCAGAGGAUGGGCCACGAUGUCAUUGCCGUGAUUGGCGACUCCACGGCUCAAGUUGGCGAUCCCAGCGGUCGCCUCACAGAGCGCGACAAAAUGGCCGGAGAUGUCAUCGAGAAAAAUGUGGCCGGUCUCCGUUACAACCUGGAGACAGUCUUUGCAAACCACGAGGCCCACUUCUGGAAGCCGAGCAAACCUAAGAAGACCCUGAGCCCCCUGAGGAUAGUCCGAAACUCAGAGUGGUACCUUGGCCACGACGUCAUAGGCUUCCUUGGUACUGUCGGCCGGAACUUCAGGUUGGGGAAGAUGAUGUCACGAACAAGUGUACAGCAGCGGCUCAACUCUAGUGAGGGCAUCAGCUUGGCUGAAUUCUCCUACCAGGUCUUUCAGGCGUACGACUGGCUGCACCUCUACGACAACUACAAAUGCCGCUUCCAGAUAGGAGGUGGCGACCAGCUAGGCAACAUUGAUUCGGGCCAUGACCUUAUAAGAAAAACAAGGUCGGAUGUGGGCUAUGGCCUCUUGGUUCCGCUCAUAACAGCAGAGUCCGGCGAUAAGUACGGAAAGUCGUCUGGCAACGCCGUGUGGCUGGACCCAAGCAAGACGUCGCCAUACGAGUUCUACCAGUUCUUCAUGCGCUUGACAGAUGCCGAAGCGGUGCAACUUCUAAAGCUGUUCCUCUUUGCCGACCUCCAUGAGCUGGAUGCCCUCAUUGAAGCGCAAAUGAGAGCUCCAGAGAAGCGAGUGGCUCAAAAGCGGCUUGCUGAAGAUCUCACACUCCUUGUUCACGGGGAGAAAGGGUUGGCGCUGGCAAAACGUGCUAGUGCGGUGCUUUUCGGAGGAGCAGCUGCGACUGAGGCCCUGCAGCAUCUCAAGGAGGAGGAGCUGCACCUGAUUUUCGGAGACGCUGCUUUCACGACGCUUGCAUCGGAGGCAGGAACAACCAUACUGGACAUGGCUAUGAAGGCGCGCCUAUUCCCUACCAUGAACGAUGCUGUCCGCAUCAUCACAGCUGGUGGACUGUACAUCAACCAGAGUCGUGUAAGCACACCCAGUCACGUGAUCGUUCCCGGUGUUCACGUUCUCCCGAGCAACUACACGCUAGCAAGAGUUGGCAAGAAAAACUACUACCUCAUCAAGUGGCUCGUUUGACAAAGAAGCAGCCAUGUGUGAGCAGCCUGAAAUGUGACUCCUGCUUCCAAGCCUUGCCCGUAGACUGCACGGCAAGCGGCGAGACUCGAGCGACAUCGAGACGCUCAGCUUCGCUGAGACCUUUGGAAGGAAUGAACAGGCCCGUGAUAGUGUUGCCCCCUGUGUCAAACACAAACUUUGCGAAAAUGAGCUGGACAGUCGCACUGCGCUCUUUUCUAGUUUUAAGAUGUGAGGGCCGGGAGAAUAUCCAGGAAGAUUGGGGAAAAAGCUUUUCUUUUCUUGCUUUUUUUUAGCAGAGAGAAAGUGGGAAAAAAACAUUAAAAUUUCCACAUAUAGUUA